AAUGAUUCAAUCAAUCGUCGUUUUUGAGGCAGCUGCUAGCAAGAAUGCUACUAUAGUAGUACAUGACGGAAACGACUAGUUAAAGCAUUAAUCGCGAUGAAUCACAAUUCAAAACUGUGAUUAAUAGAACUAAACAUGGAGGCGCGUAGGUGUAUGCUGACCUCUGCCGGCCGCUUCGGGAACGGCUAAUCACCUGGGUGGGAUAAACUCCACUUUUGACGGCAUCCUGUCUACCAACGUAAUCUUGACAUAAGAGUACUGUGACAGCCAUACUAUCGACACUUUGAGCGCGUUGACGUCACUUUAUUCAUGUCGGCGAUGUUCGUAGCCGCUGGUUACAGCCAUCCCGUACGGGCCACUUUGCUAAAGUUACCUCCUCGUGAGCUAGCACGCUUCGACUAGCCUUCAUCGUCGGCCCGGCUAGCUCAUGUCUUGUGCGGCUUGGAGCGUCCAAAAGCCUGCGACAUCACCCCCGCCACACCGGGCGCCUCUCCCACACCGCUGUUUGAUGGAAGGGUGAGGGGGGAAACGAUGUUAAGAUUCCUCCACAUUGUGCUAACAGGUCUUUUAGGUGUUCUGCGGGACAGAGUCACUGCCUUCGACAGCAUCCGACUUGUAGAUGGUGAGAACAAGUGUUCCGGGCGUGUUGAGAUCCUUCGACACAACCAGUGGGGAACGGUUUGUGACCACGGCUGGGACCUCGUGGAGGCCAACGUGGUGUGUCUGGAGCUGGCCUGCGGCUUGGCGGAGUCUGCCCACCACCGAGGGUCUGGGCCUGGCAGGGGAGAGAUCUGGCUGCGGCACGUCCAGUGCUCGGGACACGAGUCCAGUUUGAGCCGCUGUGCUGUCGUCCUCCAUAGUAGCUCCCACUGCACACAUGACAAUGACGCAGGAGUAACAUGCUCAGGUACACUUUUCAUGCCCAUCCUCUCCCUGUUAUCACCCUACAAUGUCUUCUCUGCCGGGGAGGCAGUUCGCUUCAGCUGCAGCGUCCUGCUGGCUCACAUCAGUGACUUCCACCUGUAUAAGAACGGCCUGUCCAAGCCCGUGGUGACUCAGAGGGUGGACCAAAGCCAGACCCGGGUGGAGCUGACCGUGUCCGACAUUGAGACGUUCCAGCAGGGCAGCUAUAGUUGUCGCUACAGUAUCAGAGGCAGCUCACCUUCUCAGCUGCUCGGCUCACCACCCAGCAACUCUGUCAACAUUACUGUGGUGGAGCUCCUGACUCCCCAACACUGGUACAACACGUCGUCUGACUCCCCGGCUGGUUCCGUCCUUAAGGGCCACAGUUUUAACAUCACAUGCUCCACACAGCAGGAGUACCCCGGAGGCUCCUUUCAGCUGCGGCUUAUCCGCUCCAACGGCACAGUGCGCCAGUCUCUGCCGGCCCUCGCCCCUUCUGUCACUUUCACCUUCCCCAGCGCCCAAAGCUCCAAUGAGGGCUACUACUACUGCCUGUAUCGGGUGCAGCUGGGGGGGCGCACAUUUAUCUCCAGAGAGAGCCAGGCUCUGCCCAUCGCUAUAAAAGACCCAGAUCCAGUUCUGAGUCCAGUGGUGAUCAGCUGGCUUGUUUCUGGUCUGACGUUUGUUGUAGCUGUCAUCAUAAUCGUCAUUGUGGCCAAAGUGCUGUGCAACAAGGAAAAAAGGCCCUCUGAACUGGAGCGGGAAACGCGAUCAUGUGUGGAAAACACAUAUGUUGCCUUAUCAGUUAACAAGCUAUGAUGGCGUACGCAGGCAAGCGCAUGGCUGAAGUCGGCAGGGCCGAAAUUCUGGUCAUGCUGGAUUCAGGCAGCAGGAGCUGUACCACAGAACCAAAAGGUCGGAAUCCACAAAUACAACCAGUUCAGUACAGUCUGGAUCAUACCAGGUUUCUACUUGGUGAUAAUGUUGUUUUGGAUUGCAUAAAAUGUUCAGAUUUCUGUAUCUAGCCAUAAAAAACAAACAUCCGAACACUUUGGGCCUUCUCUUUAGCCUGGUUCACAAAAUGGCAUUGCCAAGACAAAUUACAGCGAACAAAUGAAAUGUCAUCCCUGCUUUUAAUGCAUCCCAGUGAACACGGCAAACACGUUGUUAGUGACAUACUAGUGCAGGUGUCCUGAUGACAGUAUCUGUAAGCAUCCCACAAACUGUAAAAUCUAACCGUGGGAUUCCUCAGGUGUCUUCUUUACUGUGUUGAUGUAGUUCGUUUUUUUUUUUUUAUGUUAAAGGAGGUCGGUCAGAUUAUGAGUCAAAUCUA